UAUAUUUUGUAUUGUUUGAGUGGAAGCAAAUUUCAUACAAAGACAAGGAGAAGUCUUUUUUUUAAAAAAAAAAAAUUAUAUUGCAAGGCCGGCUAUGUCUCAUAGAGAGGAAUGUGUUAGAAUGAAUUAACAGGUUAGGUUCUGAUCCUAUUCAAAAUUAAUCCGAUUAAAAUUUAGUGAGUUUGAAUAUGACUUGGUUAACUAAUAGGUCAGAAUUUUUGACAGGAACUCGAGUUGUUUAUUAAAAGGGUCAUCUUGAAUCCGAAUUUUUUCAAAUAGGAACAUUUUUCUACUCUCAUAUAUGGAGUUGGAUCCAACCCCAACCUGUUAAUAUAUUCUAAUGUCUUUUCGAUAAGUUGUUAGCCCGGAUAGCCGGCCGAACAAUAUAAAAAAAUGAGAAAAAAAAAUCUUUUAAGACGGCAGCACAGUUUAUGCAGCCACUAUAUAAAGCCAUAAGAAACUCUAUCUCAUCUAGUUGGAUUGUUUGCUUCUUCUUGAUCGCAGCAAUGGCAGAAUGGUUUGUUGGCCCAAUCAUGGAGAAGAUCAUCAAUACUUGCUUUGAUUACCUGCAAGAUCUUGUAGGGCAGACUGGCAUGAAGGAGGCACUGGAAAGGCUACAAAAACUCCACCCAAUGAUUCAAUCUGUCAUCUUUGCUUGCAACAAAGCGCAGAUCAUAGAUCAAAAUCCAGCUCUCAACAGAUGGCUAUGGCAGCUUCGAGAUGCCAUUGAUGAGGCAGAUGAUGUGCUCGAUGACUUUGAGUACAUGAAGCAUGAAGAACAGCUGACCAAAAACAUGGAGGAAACAGAGCUAUAUCAGAAAAGAACGGCGUUUUCCAAGGCGAGCUUCCAGGUGAUUCAAAGCGCUCGCAAAAUUCUCAAAGUUGGCGAAGGUGCUCUCAAGAUUGGUCCCAACUUGAAGAGGUUGGAGGAGGUUAUGCAGAAACUUGAUAAAGUUUCAGCUGAGGUUAGUACUUUUCUUCACCUUUUAGAAAGCACAAAGCAGGAGCAGCAGCGUGAGUUGUGCAAAGAACGUAAAACAGGAUCCUUGCCUAGAAAUGAUCUCAUCGGUAGAGGCAAAGAUAAGGAGUUUGUUAUGCAGUGGUUGAGGAAGCCAUCAAAUGAGCAUCCGGGAACUGAUUUGUACAGAAACAUUUCUCUUCUAUCUAUAGUGGGGCAUGGUGGUAUGGGAAAGACAACUCUCUUACAACAUGUCUAUGAAGAAGAUGAAAUGACAAAGGAAUUUGAUCUUAAAAUGUGGGUUUGUGUUUCCAACAACUUUGAUGCGAAAAAAGUCAUUGCAGAUAUGUUGGAAUCUCUUAAAAUGAAUAGACCUCCUUUGGAUAUACUUUAUGCACUUCAAAAGAGUCUUAAAUAUGAGAUAAUGUCAAAAAAGUUCUUACUUGUGUUGGAUGACAUUUGGGAUGAGCAAAAGGAACGGGAUAAAAGUAAAUGGGAGAAUGUGCUCGCCCCUCUGUCUUGUGGAAGUUUGGGAAGUAAAAUUUUGGUAACAACUAGGAUGGACUCUGCUACAAUGAUAAUUACAAAAGUGAUUAAAAAGAAGAAAGAAACAUUAAAAUUAGAAGGCUUAGAGGAGGGUGAAUGUUUGCAGCUCCUCAACACCCAUGCAUUUGCUGAUGUAGACAAUCUUGAUGAUCAUAAAAAGUUAAGAUUUAUUACUGGACUGAUAGUUAAAAAGCUUUCAGGGUCUCCGUUAGCAGCUAAGGUCAUGGGUGGUAUUCUGAAUUCUAAUUUGGAUGAAAUGCAUUGGAGAAAAGUUUUCGAUUGUGAUAUUGGAAUUAUAAAAUGGGGUCAAAAUGAUAUCAUGUCCGUCUUAAGAUUGAGCUAUUUAUACCUCCCACAACCUCUACAAAAUUGAUUCACAUUUUGUUGCAUAUACCCACAAGAU